CACAAGCACAUUCAGUUACAACAAGUCCUCAUAUUUUACAACUAGGCCCCCCUUCUCUCUCUCCCUCUCUCUCUCUCUCUCUCUCUCUUUCUCUGUGGAAUGCGAAUUCGAAUGAGAAGAGAGUCUUUCUAGGGUUUCGAAACGGAGAAGCGACUGCAAGGCCCUACUUCUACGGCGACGGAGCAGUGCUGAUAUCGUGUACUCGCGUGGCACUAGAUUCCUAGGGUUUCAUGUUCUGCGACGUUUUGAUGUCUUAUGAAUGGAGAUUGCCUCUAGCUUUGCAGGCGAUUUCUCAUUUUUGCAGUUUUUAGUAGCGCUAGUGGUGUCCGGACUCUGUUUGGUGUGCGCUCUGUUCGCCGUCCGAUUUUCUCCGGCGUCGUUUGGCCGGAAAUCGAGAUCAGUGGAAUCGGACGGGGGCGGGAGUGGGGGUUCAUUGAGAAAGGCGUGUUCUUGUGAUUGUUUGUGUAGGAGUGCGGAGUCAGGACCGGCGACGGCGACGGCGGCUGCGGCGGCGUACUUGAACGGUGGUGCAGAGGAGAUGCUAGAUAGGGCCCUGGUGGUAUCGGAGCGGCAGACGGGGGCCUCGAUGAUGGAGCAGUUGGUGCCGGAGAUUACGACUCAUGCGCUGAGUUACUUGGAUUAUCCGAGUCUGUGCCGGCUUUCGAUGACCAAUUCGUUAAUGCGGAAGGCUGCGAAUGAUGAUAAUGCAUGGAAAGCGCUAUAUCACAAGGAUUUCACAUUGGAACAAGACAGUGUGACACCAACCAAUGGAUGGAAGGCUUACUAUGCAGCUACAAGAGCCAUUGUGAAUAUCAAUGCGGAAUUCUUUAACAUCAUCAGAGAAAGAUCAAUUACAUCGAUGAGUCGUCUUUGGUUUAAUGCAGAUUAUGUGAAGUGUGUUCACGCCUCAGGAGAGCUUUUCACAGGGUACAAUGCAGUAAUAGAGAGCUGGCAGCUUGCCUUCAACUGGGACCAAGGUGUCGACUUCCAGGUGCGGGAUGUAAGGGCUCGGGUGCUUACAGACAUGGCUUGGGUCACAAUGAAAACUUUCGUUGACAUGGAAACUGGGCCAUUUAACGUAACAAAUGUUUUUGAGUUCCAUAAUGGCCGCUGGUUCAUGGUGCACCAUCAUAGUUCUGUGCUCAUUGAUGGAGAGGUGGAUCAACAGAUUGUGAAUGGGUAGAAGAAAGAAAAAGUGAAAAAAAAGAAAAAAGAAAAAAAGUUGGGGGGGAAGAGGAAAAGAGCCAAUAACAAUAUGAUGAUUAAAAAGAACAAUAAUAGUUACAAAAAGCAUAGUACUAUUUGUUGUUAGGAGUGAGUCACCCAGAAAUAUCUCUUAUCAUUUCUUUGGAAGAAUCCCUUGUAGUCCCUCCAACCUCCAGUUUUGGCUGCUUUGUGGUAAAAAGAGGGUGCCUUUUUCUUAUC